AUGGUGGAGAGGUUCCAUCGCCAACUGAAGGCCGCAAUUAAAUGCUACGAGACAGAGGAAUGGACCCAAGUACUACCCGUCAUACUACUCGGCAUCAGGGCAGCCUGGAAGGAAGAUGUAAACUCCACUCCAGCAGAAAUGCUAUACGGAGAGCCAAUACGCCUUCCAGGACAGUUCUUGGAUAGCAGCAGUUCGCCCAGGCAAGGAGAGGAAGACACUCUAGUGACAAGGCUGAGGAAGGCAAUGAUCCGACUACAACCAACAGUCAAGCAUCAUCGCCAAAAAGACCACCUCGUCUUCAAAAAGAUGGAGACGGCAUCACACGUGUUCGUGCGACACGAUGCACCAGCCGGAGCUCUUCACUUGCUAUACGACGGACCAUUCGAAGUACUGAACCGAAGCGACAAAACGUAUAAAAUCCGAGUCAGAGGGAAGGCUGUCAACAUCUCAGUCGACAGAUUGAAGCCAGCCUACAUCUUGGACGAAACGCCAACCCACGAGAUGCCAAAGACUGACCCGGAAGCGACAUCCAAGACGACAAGAGCAGGACGAACAGUACGCCAACCAGUACGCCAGAUUCACAGCCAAAUAGGACCAACUCUACCACAACCAGGGGGGUCCUGUGGCGUUCUGUCAUACGUCGGGCUCAGGCGUAACGGCGUAAGCGCCGAGCGCCUGAGCGCACGGCAACCUAGGCGCACAAACUAG